CAAUAAUAAUCUAUGACGAUCUGGAAUUUCAACGCGACGCCGACUCCGAACGCGGGAACCAAUUUCACGUGCAGCAACGGUCGGAACUAGGCAGUCUACAACACCGUCGCCCAAGCUCCAUUAGGCACAAGUUCUUCUCAAUUAUGCGAAUGACAGAGCCGAUGUUAUGAGCCAGCGACAAUUCUCGUCGACCUCCGCGCAACGGCUGUCUGUUGCGGCUGAUCGUCGACUCCCGCGGAGGGUCUCAUCAGGCCUCUCCGUUUCCGGGCAGGCCGACGAUGAAUCAGCGGCAAACGCACAGAAUCCAGCGCUCGUUGAGGAGAUCAGGGAAAUCAAGCGAUAUGAAGACUUUACAACGAUAGACUGGGUCCAGGAUGCGGUCCAGGAGCUAUCCCGCAGACGGGCCAAGCGCAGGGAGGGGUCGGGCUUCUGGGACAAAGAAGGUACACUGGGAUGGAGGCGCAAAGUUAGAGAAUCCUACGAUGCCGGUCAGACAUGGCUGGUCGUUACGAUUGUGGGAGCAGCUAUUGGACUGAAUUCAGCGUUCCUCAAUAUCGUGACAGAGUGGCUAUCGGAUGUCAAGCUCGGCUACUGUACCAGCGCAUUCUAUUUGAAUGAACAGUUCUGUUGCUGGGGUUCAGAAAAUGGCUGUCCCGAAUGGAGACAUUGGAGCUCCAUCGGGUUUCUAAAUUAUAUCGCGUACUUUAUCUUCGCGGUCCUAUUCGCCUUUGUAUCCGCUACCCUGGUCAAAUCUUUCGCCCCUUAUGCGGCCGGUUCUGGUAUAUCGGAAAUCAAGUGCAUCAUUGCGGGCUUCGUAAUGAAAGGUUUCCUAGGGGCAUGGACACUGCUGAUAAAGUCCAUCGGAUUGCCUUUGGCAAUAGCAUCUGGACUCUCCGUUGGAAAGGAAGGACCAAGCGUCCACUUCGCAGUUUGCACUGGAAAUGUUAUAUCUCGAGCUUUUAGCAAAUACAGACUAAACGCCGCGAAGACGAGAGAAAUCCUCACGGCUACAGCUGCGGCUGGUGUGGCUGUUGCGUUUGGCAGUCCGAUAGGUGGUGUGCUAUUUUCAUUAGAGGAGAUGGCGUCCUAUUUCCCACUGAAGACUUUAUGGCGAAGUUAUUUCUGUGCUCUUGUCGCAACCGGGGUACUAGCGUUGAUGAACCCUUUCAGAACGGGCCAGUUGGUCAUGUUUCAGGUUCAAUACGACCGUACAUGGCACUUCUUUGAGCUUAUCUUCUUCAUCUUGAUUGCAAUUUUCGGUGGCUUGUAUGGAGCUUUUGCGAUAAAAUGGAACUUACGAGCGCAGGCGUUUCGAAAGAAAUAUCUCUCACAGUAUCCCGUCGUCGAAGCCACGGUUCUAGCAGGCCUUACUGCGCUCGUCUGUUAUCCAAAUAUGUUUCUCAGGAUAAACAUGACGGAAAUGAUGGAGAUCCUGUUCCGCGAAUGCGAGGGGGGUCACAACUAUCAUGGGCUUUGCGAUGCCAACAAUCGGUGGUCGAUGGCUUUCUCUCUAGCAAUUGCUACUGUCCUUCGUAUCCUCCUUGUCAUCAUAUCAUACGGCUGCAAGGUGCCUGCUGGAAUCUUUGUGCCAUCGAUGGCAAUAGGCGCGACUUUUGGCCGGAUGAUCGGAAUCUUUGUCCAGGCUUUACAUGAAUCAUUCCCAAACUCAAAGUUCUUCUCCGCUUGCGACCCCGAUGUGCCGUGUAUCACCCCUGGCACUUAUGCCUUUCUUGGUGCAGCAGCAGCUCUAAGUGGCAUUAUGCAUCUUACAGUCUCUGUUACUGUAAUCAUGUUCGAAUUGACGGGGGCGUUGACUUACAUUCUCCCUACUAUGAUCGUCGUCGGUGUCACCAAGGCAGUUGGAGAUCGCUUUGGCAAAGGAGGAAUAGCAGAUCGGAUGAUCUGGUUUAACGGCUUUCCCUUUCUGGACAAUAAAGAAGAUCAUGUCUUCAACGUCCCAGUAUCACACGCAAUGACUAGCAACCCGCUGUCGCUACCAGUCUCCGGCUUCCCUCUUCGAGAAGCCGAGCACCUGCUUAAUGAUAACAAAUUCCAGGGCUUUCCUAUUGUCGAGGACCGUACUAGCAAAGUUCUGUUAGGGUAUAUUGGACGAACGGAAUUGAGAUUCGCCAUUGAAAAGGCAAAACGUGAAGGACUGGUAUCCCGAAACACGAAGUGCGUGUUCUCAAAGCAAGCUGCGGAGGAAGCUGUUGCGCAUAGAGCUGAGCACCAGGCUCCGGUUACGUUUGAUGAUAUUGAGACUUCGGCCGGCGCGCCAAUCAUCGACUUCAGUCGCUACGUGGACCAUACUCCCCUGUCCGUCCAUCCUCGGCUCCCGCUAGAAACGGUGAUGGAACUCUUCAAGAAAAUGGGUCCUCGUGUUAUCUUGGUCGAGCACCGCGGCCGUCUCAGCGGACUCGUGACCGUCAAGGAUUGCCUGAAAUACCAGUUCAAAGUGGAAGCCGAAGAACACGCCGUUGCUGCUACCAAUCCAUCCUGGCUCGGUGCUUCUGGCAUCAAUAAUCAACCAGACAGUGCCGGCACGCUGGAAGAGAGGAUAUGGAACUCCUUCCUGUGGAUUGGUACGAAACUGGGGCUAUCAUCUUCGCGUGUCCGCUUGGAAUCGAGACCGAGAAGGCCACCGGGCAGAACACAGUCAUCGUCACGAAUCCUGGAUGGGACAGAACAGGACGAACCGAGGAUUGAACUGACAGAAAGAUAGGUGGUAUUAUCGCUUUCUAUGAUACCUUAUUCAAUGUUGCAUGUUAUCAAUGAGUGACGUCCCCAUUUUAUUCUUCUCUAUGUCAUCAACAUUUGGAUGGUUUGAAAAAUAUUAGAUUCGAGAAAUUAGAUAUCAAGGCCGGUUCGCAUCGGCUCCCACUAGCUGCGAAAUCAACUUUCAAUA